AUGGCGAGUGCCAACAUCUUGAAGCGGACCGUUUACGUUGGCGGCCUUGAUGAGCAGGUGGAUCGGAAAGUCCUAGAAGAAGCCUUCGUGCGCUUUGGAGAGUUGAAGACGGUCGAGAUCCCCUUGGACUUGAAAACAGGCAAGCACAGGGGUUUCGGAUUCGUGGAGUUCAUGGAGUUGGAUGAUGCUCAGGAUGCCAUUGACAACAUGCACCACGCCGAGCUUUAUGGCCGUGUGAUCAAGGUCAAUCUGGCCAGAGCGCCCAAGAAUACGCCCACUACUGAGUCCAACAGGCCGAUUUGGGCAGAUGACUUCUUCUACAGAAAGAAGCUCAAGGAGAUGCGCUUUGCAGUGGAUGUGUUGGAUACCACGAUGGAACAUGGCUGUUGUGGUGCUGGUUCUCCUAGUUCUCCUGAAGACAUUGAGACCCAGAUAGGCAUCAGCAAGACAUUCUUUGGAAGACUCAAGAGUGGCCGUCUGAGUUCCAGGGUUUGUGCCAUGGUGAAUGAUGCCAUUUAUGUCGCCAUGUUUUUCUGCCUCAGCCUGCCCUUCGUCGUGGCGGCGGAUUUCGCCACCUGCGGGGCCUCCGACGAAUGGACCGCCUUCCGUGGCCAGGUGCUGACGCGGCCUGGGGGCGUUUCGCCAGCGCUGGCGAAACGGGCGCGGAGCCUGGUGAAGCGCUGGAAGCUGCCGGCGCAGCAGUGGGUGAAGAUGUUGGUUGGCUCCAGGAUGUCCUCAGCAUCUAGCGAAGUGGACCCAGUGGCCAGUGCACCUGGUGGUUGUGGCGCUUCGGUGGACACCAGUCGUGGCGUGUUGGCCAAUGAGACCAACGGGGGAUUCCAUCCAUACCAUCUGCUGAGCUUAGCCAAUGAUCAUUCCAGUUGGAAGAAGGAGGACUUCAUACGUUGGAAGCGCGACUUUUGCUACCUGGGCUACGUGGUUGCCCUAUACAUUCGCGCCGGGGAAUCUUAUGCCAAAGCAGAGCAGCUGACGUCAAACUUCUCCAACGAGACCGACGGAAAGGAGACUGUGGAGUUGCUUUCGAAGGCCCGGCAGGAUUUGAUGAAGGCUUCCAGUAUGUUAGGCCGUUGUCGCGAGAUGGACUUUUUGGACCGGGAGACCUGGGGCAUCCUGUCGCUGGACAUCGAUGUGAACCUACUGAGGGUGGGCCGCGAGGUCAGCGGCAGCUUCGGGCCCUGGCGGGGCAUGGCGGAGGAGUUUCCGGCCGAGUACAAGAAUGCUCGCCAGAACCUCUGGCAUGCGUUAUCGCUGGGGGCACACUUCCGCCAAACAGUGGAGAAGCAGGUGGCCAUGGGCGUGGCCCAGGGCCAUUUGCAGCUGGGUCCAAGGCCCGUUGUGCGUGGAAGAGCCAUGGAGGUGGCAUUGUUCGCUAUGCCUGUGUGGUAUGUCACUGAGUUUGUGGCCGGGCUUUUGUUGUGGCGUUUCCCCGCACUUGCCAUGACCAUCUAUGCUGCACCCCUGGGAGGGUACAACAUGCCACGCUCCAAUGAACUGCGGGAUCUUGUGGAACCAUAUCUGGAGGAAGUAGCAGAACUCAGGCCGUUGGAGCUGAUCGACGGUUACUGCUGUGACUGGUCCUUGGUGACUUGGGACCUGGUGCUGCAAGCGCUAUCGCGCUGGGUGCUGCGUUUGGCCAGCGAUGUCUUGAUCUGCGGUGGGCCCCUUUGGAUCUGCUUGGUCUUGCGGCAAGCCAGACCCAGGCUGCCAUUGCUGGCCCAUUGCUUAACGUUUCAGGACUUGGAUUUGCCACUGCCCUUUCCUGAGCGUGUUCGUUGGGUGCACAAUGAAGUUGCGAAGACAUUUGGGAGAUCGGAUUCCUCUGCUGUGUUGAUACAGGACGACUUGCAACGGGUCCACUAUUCCAUGACCUACGACUUUUCCAUGUCUGGGAACUUCUCCUCGGCUGGACAGUUGUCAUUUUUCCAGAUGCCUUACAUACAGGCCCGAUACUCACAACGCCGGGCCAAGGAGCUGAUUUUUCUGCGUGAAGGCACUACCAAGCGUUGGACCAACUCCCUGCGAGGGCAUUUGUGGUACAAGAAACUACAGGAACUGGUUGCAGAGGAGCAUGAUCCCAACAUGCGCUGGCGCUUCCUGAAAGAUGAAGCUUUGCGGAUUCCCUACACGGAAAUUGCGGAGCAUGUGGCUGCGAUCUUCUUUCCAGGCAUCGGCCAUGCCAAGUUGACCCUGCACGAGUUGCGUAGCAUGGCGAUGCCCACCUUGCUCCCUGCGAAGAGUUUGAUGUAUCGCGUGGAGGAGCUCAUACUUGACAGUCGGCAACCCUACAGUGGAAGCUAUGAUGGUUGCUAUGACACGUCUCCACCUUUGCGAGUGGCUGCUCCAUGGGUGCUUCCUCUCUGUGGUUGGCGGCGACAUGCCUAUUUCAUGGAAUGGUCCAGCUUCUAUCGCUACCCCUACUUCCUUCAAUUUGAGAGUAUCGGCCACCUGCUCCAGCUGGUCAAGUCCUUCACAUUACCUGAGCUCUGGGCGCGAUCUGUGAAUAUGCGGCGGUACAACGAGCAGCGACGGCAGGAAGAGGUGAGAUGGUUCACCAAUGUUGUGGCGAUGCUUUCCCUCAGAGUGCAGGAGGACUGA